AUGGCGGGCUCAGCGCUGUCUUACCUGGCCGCUCCACCCACCCUGUAAGCACUCCGCCGCAUUCUUCCGCCGUGACAGUGGGCGCGGGCGUGCCUGUGCGACCAUCCUCCGCGGGCGUGUGUGUGUGUGUGUGAGAGAGACGGAUUCGCGGGGAGAUCAGUCGCGUCCUGGAGAGUGUCGGGGGAACACGCGCGCGCGCAACAACCGGUGGUCUCUUGGGGGGAAAAGCUGUCGUGGUUAUUUGGCUGCUUUUUUAAAAUUGUGUCUGUCUAUUGGGGAGAGGGAGGGAGUUUGGAGGACCGAGUGGAGUGCUGGGAGUGGAGUGGCGCCGCGGGAGACGAACUGUCAUUCCCCGGGAGGAUAUCGCAGCGGCUGCACCUGCGCUCCGGCCGUCCGAGGCUGCCCUGUGCCAUCCUCGUGGAAUCCUAGGUUGCUGGAGGGGCAGCGUCCUUCGCCCUCCCUCGAGUUCUCGCCGAGGAACCGCGAGGGAGUGUCCGCAGGAAGGAAGGAGGCCGAAGGGAGUGGGGGAAGAGUGUGCCAUAACUCCGUGCGCCUUGUGCCCCGCGCCCGUGCCCCGAGGCCAGUCUAGCCUUACAUACACAGGUUCUUUAUGCCUCGCCUGUGAUCCCGGGCAGGUACGUGGGCACCGGGCAUCUUUCUUCUCUCGUCUUGAGACUCUCAAGAAAGGGAUCUUGUGAGCUAUUUUGCAAGUGACGAGGAUCCUGAGAGACAGAUAGCAUGGGCGGGCGCGGGCAGUGUUGCCGAUGGUGGCGAUAACGUGAGACUCAAAAGAGAAAGAAAGUGAGUGAGGGAGAGAGAGAGAUAUAAGGAAGAAAAAAAGAAGAAGAGUGAGAGAACGGAGACCGCAGAAAGGCCAGGGAGACCGACAACCCCCAUACCCCACCCCUCCCCUCUACCCACACACAUACCCCUACACACACCCACACAAGCCCUCCCUCCCUCAACAUGGGCGGAAGUGUGGGCAAGGGCGGGUCGGGCAAGAGUGGCUCCUCCCUCCUGGAUGCCCUUCCUUCCCUCAACGCGCCCUUACACGUCGUCAUGCUCGGCCUCGACUCUGCGGGCAAGACCACGGCGCUCUAUCGACUCAAGUUCGACCAGUACCUCAACACCGUGCCCACCAUCGGGUUCAACUGCGAGAGAAUCAAAGGAACUUCAGGGAAAUGCAAAGUCUACCACCACGAAUCUGACCCCCGUCCCUCCUUCCUCCCUCAGGUCGAGAAGGUCCUUGGGCUGAAAGACCUCGGUCCGGCGCAACUGUACCACGUCCAGCCUUCUUGCGCAAUAAUAGGAGACGGUCUAGAGGACGGCUUGGAGUCCCUGUACGAUAUGAUUUGCAAGAAGAAGAAGAUUAACAAAAACAAUCACAAAAAUAGCAAGAAAAGGUGAUAGCGGUCGUGUUACGGGCGCCUUGUGAUACUCAGAACGUUUGUUUGUGUGUGUGGGAGUGUGUAUGUGUGUGUGUUAUAUUAGCGAUAGGGAACAAUUUUUUUGUAAUUAAAAAAAUAUUGAAAAAAAAAUUAAUAAAUUAUAUGAAUGAA